UUAUCAACCCUUUACCACGUACUCAAAGUCACAUUAUACAUUUAAAAAAUCUGUAAAAAACAACUCGUAAACAUGUCAAGUUACCGUAUUUUAAGCUGACAAACAAAAGCUAAGUACUCGAGUACAGCAAUUCCAGCUUUAGAUCGAAUCCACCCAUUUCGCAGUAAAUCCUUGCUGGGUAUAAUGUCGUUUUCAAUAAAUUCUUUCGUUUUAUUCGCAAUUUGUUCCCAAUUCUUCUGGUCUUGUUACUGCCAAACAUAUUUAAAAGCAAACGGGGACACAGACUCGACCUAUGACCUUAUCGCCAAAGUUUUGGGUGGGGGAAAAGAAGCAGUGGAAACGCCUGACUGUGCCCACCCAUCAUUUCCUCACCAUAUUUCCCAAGUCCAAGAUGACGACUUGAAUCGCCCAGUCUUUGCAUUUUACAUCCAUGUCACACCAGAUAAUGAUCGAUGCGAGAAGACGGACAGGCAACGCACCGAAAUAAAAACGUUUGGCCCAUCUCCAAAAGAACUCAAGGGAUUCGAAGGAGAAAGCGUCUCUUUCUCUUGGAACUUUAAACUCGACACCGGAUUUAAAGCUUCUACGGCCUUUACUCACAUUCAUCAAAUUAAAGCAGGCGAUGGUCCAAAUGCUGGAUCCCCAAUUAUCACUCUCACUCCAAGAUUUGUAAAAAAUUCAAACAAGCAAUUGCUUCAAGUACUUCAUGUAGGAGACACCGAAACCACUGUUAACAGGUUGAAGGAAGUGGAUCUGUCGCCAUUUAUUGGAGAAUGGGUUCAUGUCAGCGAGCUUAUCACGUACGGAAGUAGUGGCAAAUAUCAAUUGGCCAUCAAACGGUUGAAGGAUGGCAAAUCGUUGCUGUCUGUAAAUAAAGAUCAAAUUGAUUUGUGGCGACAAGGAACGAUAUUUGUUCGCCCAAAAUGGGGAAUUUACCGAAGCCUGGGGGAUAAGUCGAGAUUGAGGGACGAGACUGUUUUAUUCGAUAAUUUCUGUCUUGGAAAAGGUAGCAAAAAAUGUACCUAAAUAUUUUCCUUCAUUAAUAUUGUCAUUUGAAUAAAACACAUAUUACCGGAA